AUGCCCAACAACUUAAUUCAGGCCCGAAAGAUGGAGGUCUGUAUAAUCGGUGAGGCGGAAAAUCUCGAUGAGGUGGGCCCAUCAUCACCGAGCGGUUCAGCUUCCCGGGCUCUUGCGCAACUUGUCAUCUACGCACAUGAUAGGAUUGUGGGUGAGGAGUUCAGUGUGCUCUGUGGUCUAUCUGCCUUUUGUCGAGACUUUUUGCGCAUGACAAUAGACUUGUUGUUUGGCUGGCCGUCCAUCAAUCACGGGGAUGUGGAUGCGAAGCUAAUGGAGGAGCGGUUGCGGUUCAUAACCUGUGAAUUGUCGGUGAAGUCAAGUCAUCGAAAACGUGUCAUGGACUUUUGGGAUGCAUAUGAACAAUUAAUGUGUCAUCCUCGAGACGCACUCCUGCAUCAAACGGAAACGAAGCAUCCUCCUUAUCGUUUCAUCACUCCUGCUCGUAUCCCGAUCGAUUUGCGACUGCACAACUCCAUGUUGCUUGACCGUUGCCUGGCUGUGAUCAAUGGGCUCCGACAGCCGACGCGGGUUGGCUGGUUCCAAGACUUCAAAGAAACUACGAUUGCUCGACUUCGCGACGAAGGGAAGUCGCUACAGGAAGCGAAACGGCUGGUCCGCCAAGACGGUUUACGAGAGUACGCUUGUCGUUUGUUCGACGCGAUGCGUCAGAAUUCAGCACUUCAAUCCAUCAGCGAUGGAAUUGCCGAGCCGUUGAUACAACAAGCCACGUUCAGUUUGAUUUUGGCCGAAGCCAAAGAGGCGUUCGCAACCGACUGGUUAACCUAUCAGGAACAAGCUGACCAGGAGCUGAGAAGAACAAAUGGCCAUUUAUACCAUAUUGCAGAAUGGCGUCAGAGGCGUAUGGGAGAGCUUGAAGAGCAAUACUUGCAGGCGCAUAAAUAUGACAUACACGAAAUGGUUCUGUCCAAGUGCAUGCAGAGUGGCCUUGAGCAACAUGCCUUCUUCAUCAGCCGGGAUUUGACCUUUCUUCGUGACCGUGAACGGCUGCUUCGAGAUCAGCUGCAGAAAAGCGCCAGCUUCCCUGACACCCAGUUUAUAUUCCGUGUGCCAGCACAACUUCUUCGGCACUGGCGGGUCUACCGUAGGGUCGUUUCGUACACAACAAGUUACGAAAUGGUGGACACUGUGCUCCUCAGUCGACGACCUUCGAGAAACGAGCCAGUACCACCGAUCAAGCGAUCGAUCAAAUGCGCUGCUGCUCGCGAUCCAUCUUACGAGUUGAUCAAUGUACCACACGCGCGAAAACCACCUCGAACGGAUCAGGAGUUCGGUCCUCAGGAUUUUGAAGUGCAUACUGCUAGCCCCAAGCGGGUGUUCCGUGAAGUCGACGUGUCCUACUUAGAUAUAGAUGGGGACGACGAAGCUGGACUCGUUUCUAAGCCUUUACUUACAAGCACUGAUACGGAGAAUAAGGGUUACCUUUUCUACAACAAAUCAUUCUAUCAAGACACCAUCAUAAGUCGGAUCAUUCGUAUUUGGCGAAAUAUCCGUGCAUCCCGACGGGCGUUCGAUGCAACUCCGUCCAAAGGUCUUCUGGAUAAAGCUGCUGCUCGUCCACUACACCGGAUUUGGUCCUACUUGUUUCGUGGUUUCUUCUCCACCCUGUUAAUCUUGGUGAUUUGGCCCCCAUUGUGUUUACUCGUGUCUUCAUUCUCAAUCCUUUUGGGUCUGACUUUGCCGCUGACGGUUCCACUGAUCAGCUUGCUGUUGCAUUUUUCGGGUGUGCUCUUUUGGGAUGCCUACAAACCCGCGUCCAAGCCAAAUAGGCUAUUCCCCAUCGUGGAGCUGAUCUUUGGGCACUUUCUCAUCCGGUUCCUGCUCCAAACGAUACUGGCUUUCUUGGCUGCAUUUAUAUUCUGCCCAGUCUUGGCCGUCAUCCGCUUGGUGUGGGCGUUCGUUCGCUGUAUCACUCGCUCCAUAUGGGAUGCUUUGGUGUUUCACCUCGUUUUGCGCCGUUUAGCGCGGGUACCAGCUCGCGAAGAUUUCAUGGUGAAACGUAUUGCGGGCCCUGGUACAGCUGCCAAUCACUUUUACAGGGCGCGUCCCGUGGACAUUUUGGUUGUCCUUGUCGGGCAGCUAGAGCUUUUGGAGCUCAACCUAUGGCGACGCCAGAUGGAACAGUUGGCUGACAAACCGAUUGAUUCUUAUCGGCGCCUGGUUCAGAGUCUGUCCUGGUUAUGUGUAACCCCACAAUCUGACGGAAAGCUGUACACUACCUUGUGCCAGAAGACAAAACUGUGGCGUUCCGAAAUUCAAUCGAAUGCUGAGGAACGUAUCCAAGCUCUCCAGCUACACCUGAAGCCGAAUCAGUUGCAGCGUAUCAAGCUCUCCGAUCGAGAUUUGCAUCACACUCUACGCAUGGGUGCCGAGCUUACUGAGUGUUUCUUUCAAAACCGAAUAGCGGCUAGAUUGGAUCUGCUGCAACAGGACCUGGUCUCAUGGUGGUCCGCUUUUUCUUUGAACACGGAUGACUAUCUAGGUUUGUGCACGAGUCUUUUGGGUCGAACUUUUGGUGAGCAGAUUUUCACCUGCAUCACUGAAAAUGAUACUGUUUUUCCACUCCAGGUACGCGAGCCGUCUCUGAUCCAACAUUUUCAAGAUUUCUUGAUAGGAAUGGUCAGUCGAAAGACAAGUUUACGGUCUCUGGAUGCAGUUGCGAUUGACAAACACAGAGGUGCAGCACUUUGUUCCUCUCCAGCUCCACCAGAAGAAGAAGUGCUUUCACUUUCGAGCGAUGCGGUGGCUUCCACAAGUGACCUUAUGUCACAGCGAUGCACAGUCAUCCCCGCUUCUCCAUCCAAACGGGAAAUGAAUGCAAAUUUACUGGAAUCUGAGAAACCUCAACAGGAGAGUGAGAUAGGUUCAGCUUUGAUAAGCAGUUCCGAUAAAGGUCUUGCGGUAUCUUUCGCCUUCCCAGACACGCUGAGAACAUCUCAACGUCGUGCUGUACCCGACCCAAUUGCAUUCAUUCAUAUCGAUCUUCCGCUUUUCCCUCUGUCGGCCUUCGCUCCACUUUCUUGCCGUCAUUUGCCGUUGCCUUUGAGAUCUUCCCCAAAAGUGUCUACCAUAAACCCACUACCGUGUUUCAUUUCGGCCCGUCUGGAGGACGCUUGUAAAUGUUGUAUAUGUACAACCAAAGCAGACAUAGAUCGUGCCCACCGGCAUAAAUUGGCGGAACGCUGCGGUAGCCUUGGCCAUCAAGAGGGUUUGUGUACAUGCACAAACCGAGUCGAUGUGCCUACCUCCUAUCGGGCGCAUUCUGGUUUGACGGAGGAAGAACGUAACCUAGGGCUCCGGGUGAGCGGCUGGUCGGCUCGUGAUGCGGAUAUCAAGAGUUCUCUAUGCCCAUCUCUGGUUACUGUUCAACCGGAGUCAACUCACUUGCUGUCACGCUGCCCAGUGCAUGGGACACUCACGAUGGUUCCCGAACCGCAGCGGUCCUUGUGGAAACACGUAUUUUCUCGUCCUGGUAUUCGAGCAAAGAAACCCUCGCCCGUCGUCGGAGCCGUCGAACAUCUCGGUCGAGUUUAUCACCCAGCUAUAAUUACGCUUUUAAUGCAUGCUCGUGACAGGGAACAGAAUCCACUGGACCUCAGUCACCCGGCUGUUCAAACUGCAAUCAACCAGGUUACGACCCCUCAAAGAGCUUUUAAUCUUAUCCACCGACUUCAAUUGCGUAGCUCCGAUACGCGGAUUGCUGUUGCUGAUUCGGUUCCACCGCUCUAUCCAGUCCUAAGUGUUGGUUCUGAGUUAGCGCGCGAGAUUCACACAACCAAGUAUUCCAGUCUCAAAGCCGCUGGUGAAGUGGGUUCUCCAAAGAUGCGUGCCUAUUCUGCGGUUGUGGCGGUUAGUCGAAGCUCGGUGAUUUUAGAACGUGGGGCUUCGCGUUCGCUUUUGCUUGGAUCUAGCAAGGAUUUCCGACCAGGUCACUCAGGAAGUCUGGAUACAAAAUCACAGGAUACCAAAGCGACUCCAACCGACAUCACGGUUCGGCGUUUUCCAAUGAAUACUGACCAGUCGUAUCAGCUCGCCACAUCCCGCGUAGACCCACGACCAAAUCCCCGGCAUAUCAACGGCGCUCCGCUCGUGUUGUUCGGUUGGGACGAUCCCAGUGCGGUGGUUGCUGGCUAUUGGUCUGGGAUGGACACACCCGGGAAUGAGGUGAAUGACUUAUGCAAUUCAACAGGAACACCUACGGGUAGUCUUUAUGGCACGGAAGAUGCAGCUACCACUGAUGACUUGGACGAAACUGAAGAUGCCUUAUCAUUGUCCAGUCUGAACCAAGGCGAUAUUGUAGAGAAUGUGUUCUCUGCACCUGGGUGUAAUCAGGUCUCCUUGUUUGGACCCACUGACCCGCUGAUUGUUCCGAAUCUGUUGACUACUUCAGCCACAACAGCUGGAAGUGCCGAAAUCGAGUCGGACCACAGAGCUGAUGUCAACGAAAAACGGUCAAGUCUGCUUGGAACUACGGCUUCAUUGCAUUUACAUUCUGGGCAGAGUUCCGAGAACUGCUCGACAGUCAUCAACCCAGGCUCGUGUGACCGGAUACAACUCUCCCCGGAAACGAUUGCCAGUUCACCCACUGACCACUCACAAUCCGAGCGAAUCUGCAGUCAUCCAGACCUAUUGACUAGUACUGUCGGAUUUCCCGAGUCGAAAUAUUCACAAAGCCCGCCAUCUACAGCCGAAGAGAAGCAGAGCAACCCUAAGCAAAUACGGUUGAACGAAAUGAACGGUGAAUUGUCCACCCAAAAUUCUUCCGGUUACCAGGUUGCGAGACUGGCGAGAGAGGAGGAAGAUGAUGAAGACGAAGAGGAUGAGCAGGACACUUUAAAGACGGUUUUGAUCAUGUGAUUACGCGACCACUCACGACUUAUUCAGAUUGUCGAUACGUGUUACCAAGCGGAUGGGAACCAGAGGCUUCACAUGGCGGUAGUAGCUGUGUAUCGUGCUAUCGCGGUUCACGGAUGUCAUAGAUUCGCCCACUUUUGUUUCUUCACACAAUCGUACCGAUGGCAACGCUCCUUUGGAUGUCCUCUUGGUACCCAGGGACCUGAGUUAAGAUGUCAGCCUCCUUUGUAGUGUUCAUCUAUUUUUGUUUGGUUAAAGCCAUAAGCUUGCUAUCGCUUUUUCUCAGAACCAGAGUUAUGUACUACAUUGUUAUCUCAGUCACCCCUGAACCUGUCAACCCCGCUGUAAAUCCUAUGCAUUGUCAUUUUAUUCCCGCCUUUAUUCACCCCCACAAACUGCUUACAGCCUUGUUAUCUACGUAUGAUUGAACUUGCCCGUGGCCUUUUAUCUCAUUACUUUGUGGCUUCUCAAUGUCUUACUUGAUGUUUUAUGGUGGCCAGUUGUGUGUACUCUCUCCAACCGCUUUAUUUGUGAUGCUUCCGUUGCUUUUUAACUUGGACCUGGUGUUUUUCUCUUCUCGAGCUGAUAUUGAAUACGAAACGGUUUGUUCACUAUUUUCAUUCCAUUCGCUUUUCCUAACUUAAUGAAUUUUUACGCAACUUUGAUCUCCUUCGUUUCUAUCUUUGCUCUUCAGAUACGCGCAGAUAGAUGCACCAGCCCGAAACACAUCUGCUUUCCAUAUAAGUUUGAUGACUUUCCUUCUCAGUUCUCACUUUUUACCAAUAUAACUGACUCAUCACAUACAUUUGACAUUCAACGGCAUUAGGUUGUUGGCUACUUUCUCUUACCGGUAUCUGAUCAUAUUUUGCUUCUAUAUCUAAGCAAAAUUCUACUGUUUCCUUUCCGUAAUUUC